AUGAAUGGUGAAUUGUUAAAAGAGAAGGGAACUAUUUUUCUAAGGAAACUCUAUCUCGAAGCUACCUCGUUUGGAUUUUCAAAUGGAUGGUUGGAAAAGUUCAAGCAACGACAUGCAAUUCAUUCCUUUCAUCGUUUUGGGGAAAGUGGUUCAGCUAAUAUGGAGAAAAUUGAAGCUAGUUUGCCGUCAAUAAGAGAGGAAUUAGACAAAUGGGCUUGGAAGGACAUUUAUAAUAUGGAUGAAACUGACUUAUUUUAUCGAAUGCAAGCUGAUAACUCUCUUGCAACAAAGCAGUUAGAGGGCCAAAAGCAAAACAAAGAGAGGAUUACAAUUGUUAUUUGUUGCAAUGGCGAUAGCUCUGACAAACUCCGCUUUGGGUCAUCGUGGUUUGAUAGCCGUUUGGAUAGAAAUGUCUUGCUUAUAUUGGAUAAUUGUACCGCACAUGGCAAAAAGGAGAAUCUCCCCCCACUUCAUCACACAACUGUUCUCUUCCUAGCACCAGCUAGCACUUCCAAACUCGAGCCAUGUGAUGUAGGAACUUUUAGAAAUUUCAAAGGUAUAGUGGCUUCUGAUUCUGUUUGGAAGUUGAUAGAGAAUCCUGAGAAAGACCCGAAGCGGCAAGACGUUGCCUUUCUGCCAUGUCUCGCAAAAAAGCUCAUGAAAUUGGAGGAGACGGGAUUUUCGGAAGAGUCAGGAUUAGCUAAGGUGGGCGGUCUUCCAUCAUCAUAUGUGCAUUGGAGCCUUAUCCUAUAUAAAGACGAUGAGCUUAAGAGAUGGAGGAUCUGA